CACCAAUAACAUUAACAUUACCUAAUAGAGGUAGAGCAAAAAAUUUAUUAAGAAAUUAUUAUGGAUUAGGUCCAGAUGGCAAAAAAGCCGAUCCUUUAGAUAUAGAUAAUGCUGGAUUUGAUACAGAGAAAUAUUUUAAAAGUUUACUUGGUGAAAAACAUUUAAAUGAAUUAAUGCAAAGAGAUAAUGAUUUGAUCACAGAAAUUAGACAGCUUAAUGGAGAUAUGAAAACUUUGGUUUAUGAGAAUUAUAGUAAAUUUAUUAGUGCGACUGAUACUAUUGAAAAGAUGAAAAAUAAUGUUGAAAAUAUGGAAUCGGGAAUAAAACAACUUUCAAGUAAUAUGUCAAAUAUUACAAAUAUAUGUGAUUCAUUAAAUUCAUCUUUAAGUUCUAGAAGAGAUAGGAUGAUUCAAUUAACUAGAGUCCAUGAUCUAUUAAAAAAGUCAUAUUCAAAAGCAGUAAUUUAUUAUGUAAAAACCACAAAGAUAUUAGAAUAUUAUAGAGAAUUAACAAUUUUCAAUUCAAUUGAAAAUGAAUGUAAAGAAAUUAUGAAAAAAAUUAUUAAAAAUAUAAGAGAAAAUAUGACAAAAAAUGAUUCAAAUAUUGUUAUAAAUAAAUUAAAAAUUUUGAAUGAAGGAUUUUUAAAAGAGUUAAAUAAAUUUGUAGGGUCUUUUAAUGAAAUAUUUUUAUCACCAAUAAAAAAAGAUUUUAUUAAAUCUCCAGCAAAAUCCCCGGCAGCAAGAAAUAUUAUUAAUAUUAAUAAUAUUAAUGAUAUAAUGAAAUUAAUUUCUCCAAAUUUAGAAAUUGAGGAUAGAGAAGAGAUUAAAAGAGAUUUAUCGGAAUUCGUUAAUUUAAUAUCAAAUGAAUAUUUUGAUAUUGUAAAAAAUUUAUUAGAGUUGCCAAAUAAUUUAAAUGAUUUUAAACCAACAAUACACCUCAAUUUAUUAAACAACCUUUAUUGUUCAAUAAAAUCAUGUAAUGGAUUAUCUAGUAUUGGUAACUUAAAUGAUAGAGUUAUUAUUAUGAUCAAUGAAAAUAAAACUAAAGUAUUUAGUAAAUUAUUUGGAAGAGCUAACGAUAUUAUUAUUGAUAAAUUUAUUAAUUAUAACGAUAGUGGUGAUAGUGAUGAUAAUAUCAAUUUAUUAAAGUUUAUAAAUAAAAUGGAAUAUGAGCUUAUAAAUUAUUUAACUGGAACUUGUUUAAGGUUAUUAGAGGAGUAUGUUAAAUCUGAUAUAAUUAUAGUAGAUGAAAAGAUUGAAUCACAAAAUAUGUUAUUAAAAUUAAAAAUUGAAAUUAAAAAAUUCUGGGUUUUAUUAAUUAAUGAUAUGACGAAAUUGGGCUCACCGAAAAUUUCAAAUAGACCAAAUUUAUUACUAUUAAUGUCUCGUGUACUAUUAGAUUUUACCAAUAAUGAUAAUGAUGAUAAUCAAUCGUUGGCAUUAAUAUCUCCUUCUUUAGGAAUCAAUAAGGUAUCACCUAUUUGGCAUGAAAUAUUAACAAGUUUAUCAAUCAUUGAAAAAGAUGUUAAAAUAGUAUGUGAAGGUGAUGAAGGAAUAGAAGAAAUUAUUGAAAAUAAAAAUUUGGAAGCAACAGCUACUUCACCAAAUAACACCUUUAAUAAUAGCUCAAUACAUUUGAUUUCUCAUAUUGAUAAAUUAUUUAGUGAUAGGAUAGAAAUAUUUGGUAUUGUGGAAAUGAAUAGGAAUGGUGUUAUGAUGGGAUUAAUUAAAAUUUUAUUAAAGGAAUGGGUUGAAAUGAUUAGACUACAAUUAUUGACAAAUCGAUCAUUUCAACAAAUUCAACUUGAUUCUGAAUUUGUUAGAAUAAAAUUUUGGAAAUUUAUUGAUGAUGAAAGAAGAUGUGUUGAAGAUCCUUUGCCAUUAGAGAAUUCGGUAAGAUAA